AAAUAGUUCCUUUUUUUUUGUCUUAUGUUUAAUAUCUUAUUUUCAAUCAUGUUGCAUCCAUCGUUAGAGUGAAAGGGAGGGGGGAAUGAAGGAAGAACAGGACCAAUCAAGGACAUUAAUUACUCUCUCUAAUUAUAUUAAAUCACAUAAUCAAGUAAAGCAACAACAAUUAAUAAAUAUGAACCGAAGAAAACAUAUUUAACUAAGGAUUUUGUACAUAGUGCAAGCUCCCUAGCUAGCUAACUCCUCUUCUAUCUCCUUGUUAGGAAGUUCCUACACGUUUCAAGUCAAACCCUUUAUUCUUAAUAUCCAUUCGAGUUCUAUGAUCUUCCAUCUAACAUUUGGAUAAGUAAUGAUUUCAAAUUCUUCCAAUAGAAGAAUUUUUAUUGAGGUUCAUGGUAGUAGUAUACUGUAGGGUUGACCAAGGUGCCUUAGUUUUUGUUAUCUGAAUUAAUAGUAGGACUAGUGAGUGUUGGUUGCAUAAGGCAGAGAAAGAAGUGAGAAAUUCAAGAGAUUUGUAUAGUGGCAUGGCUUCAUGUUUAGCAACCCCAUGGGGUAACCUAUAAUGAUGGAGAAAUCAGAUAAUUUGGUAUUAUUAAGACAGGUUGUGCCAUAUGUCUUAUGUUUGUGCAUAUUUAUCAGAUCAGCUUCUGCAAGUGAAGGAUUUGAGAGCAUAGCAUGCUGUGCUGAUUCAAACUAUAAAGAUCCAUUGACCAACUUAGAUUACAAAACAGAUUAUGCUUGGUUCUCUGAUACAAGAAGUUGCAGGCCAAUAACUAGUGUGUUAAAACAUUCAGCCUUACAAUUUGGCCACAACUAAGGAUCAAGUGUAUCUGAUAAGGGGCACAUUUCCAUCUGAAAAUGAACCAGGUAAAGGUUCCUUUGGUGUUUCUAUAGGGGUAACAGUGUUAGGUACAGUGAGAUCAUCAUCGCAGGACUUGAGAAUUGAAGGAGUUUUCAGAGCCACAAAGAACAACACAGACUUUUGCCUAGUGACAGAAGAGGGUAACCCUUAUAUAUCUCAGCUUGAGCUAAGAUCAGUGUCUGAAGAGUAUCUGCAGGGUUUGAAUUCUAGUGUCCUGAAGCUGAUCAACAGAAGUAAUCUUGGGGGAAAAGAAGAUGACAUAAGGUACCCAAUUGAUCAAAGUGAUAGAAUCUGGAAAAGAACUACUACAAGUCCAUACACUCCUAUAUCAUUCAAUAUUAGCAUUUUGGACCACAAAUCUAAUGUGACACCUCCUCUGAAAGUUCUACAAACAGCUUUGACUCACCCUGAAAGGUUGGAAUUCAAUCACAAUGGCCUUGAGGUUAAGGAGGAUUACGAGUACCUUGUGUUUCUCUACUUCCUUGAAUUGAAUAACAGUGUUAGAGAAGGCCUAAGAGUGUUUGACAUCUAUGUUAACAGUGAGAUUAAGAAGGCUAGUUUUGAUGUAUUAAGUGAAGGGUCAAAUUAUAGACACAUUGUGUUGAAUGCUUCUUCAGCAAAUGGAUCACUUAAUCUAACAUUGGUCAAGGCAUCUGGAUCUGUGUUUGGACCCUCUUGUAAUGCUUAUGAGAUCAUGCAGGUGCGACCAUGGAAGCAAGAAACCAACCAAACAGAUUUGGUGGCGAUUUUGAAGAUAAGAGAAGAACUAAUCACUGAAAACCAUGAUAACAAAGUCCUACAAAGCUGGACCGGUGACCCAUGCAUGCUUUUUGCAUGGCAAGGAAUAUCAUGUGAUUUUUCCAAUGAUGCACCUGUUAUCAUUAAGCUGGAUCUUUCCUUAAGUAAUCUGAAAGGACCACUUCCAUCCAGUGUCACAGAGUUGACUAACUUACAAAUAAUGAACCUUAGCCACAACAACUUCAAUGGCCAUAUCCCCUCAUUUCCAAGUUCCUCAAUGCUCACUUCACUAGAUCUGAGAUACAAUGAUCUUAUGGGGUCACUUCCACCGUCAUAUAACUCACUGCCACAUUUAAAGUCAAUAUAUUAUGGCUGCAAUGAUCGCAUGGACCAUAAGCUUUCAGGAAACUUGAACAUUUCAAUCAAUACAGAUAAUGGAAGUUGUCAGAAAGGGAAUGAUUUUCCACAACAAGUAGCAAUUAUUUCAGCCGUUGCAUGUGGCUCUUUCUUGAUUGCUAUGGCUGUUGGAACAAUUUUCAUUUAUCGUUAUAGACAGAGAUUAAAUCCAUUGGAAGCAUUUGGAAGAAAAAGCAACCCAAUGAUAACAAAUGUGAUAUUCUCAUUGAACAGCAUAGACGAUUUCUUGAUAAAAUCUAUUUCAAUUCAAGCAUUCACUUUGGAAUAUAUAGAGGUUGCAACCGAAAAGUACAACAUUUUGAUAGGUGAAGGAGGCUUUGGUUCUGUCUACCGUGGCACCCUAGAAAAUGGUCAAGUUGUGGCUGUGAAGGUUCGGUCAGCCACAUCAACGCAAGGCACUCGAGAAUUUGAUAAUGAGCUAAACCUGCUUUCUGCAAUAAGGCAUGAGAACCUGGUGCCUCUUCUUGGUUAUUGUAAUGAAAAUGACCAACAAAUUCUGGUUUAUCCUUUUAUGUCCAAUGGCUCUCUGCAAGAUAGACUAUAUGGAGAACCUGCAAAGAGAAAAAUACUAGACUGGCCAACCAGACUGUCUAUUGCUCUUGGUGCCGCCCGAGGUUUGGCAUAUUUGCACUCGUUCCCUGAGCGAUCUGUAAUUCACAGGGAUGUGAAAUCAAGCAAUAUACUUUUGGAUCACAGCAUGUGUGCUAAGGUUGCAGAUUUUGGUUUUUCAAAAUAUGCUCCACAGGAAGGAGACAGUGCUGUUUCGCUUGAAGUAAGAGGAACUGCAGGAUAUCUUGAUCCUGAGUACUACACAACCCAGCAAUUAUCUGCAAAGAGUGAUGUCUUCAGCUUUGGUGUGGUUCUUCUUGAAAUUGUGAGUGGCCGGGAGCCUCUCAACAUCCAUAGACCGCGGAAUGAGUGGAGUUUGGUUGAAUGGGCUAAACCGUACAUAAGGGCAUCAAAGAUUGAGGAAAUUGUGGAUCCUGGCAUCAAGGGAGGGUACCAUGCAGAAGCAAUGUGGAGAGUGUUGGAAGUAGCACUGCAAUGUGUUGAACCUUUCUCAACAAAUAGACCGGCCAUGGAUGACGUCAUGCGCGAGUUGGAGGAUGCUCUGAUCAUAGAAAACAAUGCAUCGGAGUACAUGAAGUCCAUAGAGAGCCUUGGAUCCAACCGUUACUCUAUUGUCAUAGAGAAAAGGGUGCCACCCUCGACCUCGUCAAUGGUAGAAUCAACCAUCAUACCUCAAUCCUUGAACCAUCCGCAGCCGAGGUAGUAUAAGGAAAAAACACUUGAGAUGCACUUUCAGGGACUCCAUAACGCAUCUGGAAACUAAAAUAAUAGUUGUCUAGGACACUGGCAUUCAAAGCUCCAGUUUUAUUGUGACUCAAUGUUUUCAUCAAUGCAUUCAAAUGGAUAAACAAGUGGUAGGGUUGCCACAUACAACUAGGAAAAGAUGCACCAACUUGCAAGUUUGACAACAGAAUGCUCACUGUUUAACACAACUGCAUUGACACCCCCUUCGUCAAUUGUUUAUGGGAGAGUACUAGUAGCAAUAUAGUUUGUUGAAUUGAGCUAAAAGUUCAGACUCGAAUUGUUUUCUUACACUUAGAAUAGAGGCUGGUAUACCCUUAAGUAAAUCACGUUCUUGG